AUGCUCACAGUGGCAUCACUGUUGGCUGAGUGAGUGGGAGAGUGGGAAAGAAAGGGAUUGUUUUGAAACUAUGGAGAGGCAAACAUCAGGACUCACUCUCUUUCUUCCCAUAAUGCCUGUUUUCGCCCUCACGCCUAUUCGAGGAAUCUGGGAGAGCAAGUUCUGCUACAGUGACAGUCAAAGCGUAACGUUUAAAGCUUUGUUGUUUUGUUACGUCGACUAGCAGCAUGGACGAUAAGUUGGGUCUGACCGGCAUCGUAUUUGGCCUCGCGGGCUGGUUUUGUGUACUACUGACUCGCUUCCUCUCCAUGUGGACGAUUAGCGGCACUGUAGACAACACCACGGACUCUCUGGCGCUGCACUGGGACGGGGUGUGGAUACACUGGGAGCAGCAAGGAAAUGGCUCUCUUCACUGUCACUUCAUCCAGGCGAUGCUGCAGCUAUCGGGGAACUUCCGAUCCUGGAGGACUCUCAUCACAGCGUCAAUCAGCGUCGCAUUUGCAGCGAACGCCCUUUACGUUGUUGGGCGACUGAAGUUCCCUCGCCGUGUGCAGGUCAAAGCAGUCUCCGGUGUUUUGUUUGUGCUGUCAGGCGUGCUGCUGCUGGUGGUGACGUCCUGGGUGUCCCACCGUACCUCAGAAGCGCCGAACAGCGUGACUUCAUUUAAACGAGAGUGGGGGCCGGCACUCUACACGGGUUGGGUCGGAACGGCCCUGCUACUGGUGGGGGGAGGAACACUGGUCAGUACAUGCUGUUUCUCGCCCCCGCCAGAGAUUAUUGGCACGCCUAUGUCACCGAGUACAGCUGAAGUGGGGGACCCUCUCAACACUAUCCAUAGUGCAACUUUCAGCUAUGACGACCCACCCUAUUACCCGACUACAAGACCAUUCUGAAAAUCAAAACGUUUGCAACGCUAUCGGAACACACGGCGGCGUAUUAGGGCCAUUGUAGCCUAUAGGAACUGGGGGAGGGGGUAAUAUUCCGAAAAAUAUAUAUAUUUACGAGAAAAAAUAUUCUCUGAGAUUAUACUAUUGACCCUCCUCACUAACUGUCUGUGAUGUGAUGAGGCUGAUCCAGCUUUGCAAAGUGAAGCGAUGUGGUUCUUUGACAAAAACACCUUUUUCCUGAGUUUUUUUCUCCGUAUUUUUUAAUGGACCUAAUACGCUGUCGUAAAAACAAGAUCAACACUAAAAAUACAUAUGGACCUUAUGUUGGCGAUAUGGAAUCGUGUUUACAAACAUUGCCUUAAUUUCAUAGCAACUGUGGUGGGA